AUGCCGGCAAACGAGCUCGUGGAUUGCCUCACUGGUUCAGAGUCUGAUGAUUCUGAAGGGCAUAGCAGCCACGUGGCCCUGGCGGUUUCCAAGAAACGGAAUCGGGUCACUCGUGAAGCCGGUCCUGCUUUAGACAAGACCAGCGAGGCAUUUCUUAGAUUUUUGGUUCGGGGUGAUUGCAAAUGCAAGAAGAAGGAUUGCCUGCGGCAGUUCAGCGCAGCUGACAGCUUUACGAAACUGUUCGAGUACCGAAAGCAUUGGUUUGAGCUCGAGAAGGUUGACCAAGACAAUUUCGCUUUGGACAGGAUGAAACUUCUAGCGCGAAACCUUUCUGAAGGGCAAACAAUCAGUUGGAGCUUGUUGGGGUUGAAUUUGUGCCGAAGGGCAUGGAAAGCUUUGCACAAUAUGGGUGACUUGUCUAUAUAUGAAAUCAUUAUUAAGUGUGACAAGAAAGAAAAGUCCUGCGAUGAGCGGUGCCAGAAGCUUUUGGACGCAGCCUUGGAGGGCGCCGUUUCCGCCCCAGUCGACUUGAGGUACUUGUCGAGACCAUCCUCGGAUGAGUUAGGAGGUAGGAAUGCGCAUAGCCGAGCAGAUAUCGUCUCCUACCUCAGCACUCUCUACGAAUCCGUCGCGGAGGUGCUCCCUGAUUGUAGGGACACAGCGUUUGACGACGUUGACAGACUGUCUGAUGCGUAUUCCAUCAAGUUGAAUUUGAUCGCUGCUUCGGAACCUUCUUCUGCAGAGCCCUCGAUGUCCAACGCUUGUGCAGGGCCAUCGAUGACCAGCGUUGGGAGGAUGCCUAGGAAGAAGAAAAGGGGGGUCGUCAUGAACCCUGAUAGACCAGCCAGGGAAAUCAGAAAGCUGCCUCCAGGGGCCAUGAAAGAGUAUUAUGAACAAUACCGACUGGUUUGCAACUUAGCCGAGCCAGUCAGUGCACUUUGGUAUUCCAAGGUUUGGCUUGGCGAGUUCCCAGAGCUUCAGUUCCGGGAGCGGACGAGCCAUGCUCAGUGCAUGGUUUGCAUCCGCCACCGAUCUAUGAUCAAGGGCCUGAGUGCUCGCAUAGCCGCUCGAAAGGAACAGGCCAGACUGUUCCACGAGCACUUGAAAGCCCAAUAUCAGGACCGACUACUUUACUGGCGGUCUCGUGGCCUGUCACGCCAUCGCGGCGACUCCGUCACAUUAAUUUGUGACGGAAUGGACCAAGCGAAGUGGGAACUGCCGCGUGACCCUAUCUUAGUUGGAAAAGACUUUGCGACGAUGCAAAAGCCAAGGCUCCACGUGAGCCUUUGCAUCGCACAGGGUUGGUUUUACCUUUUCUUGGUGUCGUCGCCAGACAUCAAGAAGGAUGGGAAUGCUUCAGUGGAGCUGCUCAGCUGCGCCCUCACUCUUUUGGAGAAGCGUGGCUUGAAUUUGGCGGCUACAGAUGUUUUCUUGCAACAUGACAAUACUUGCAGAGAGUUCAAAAACAACAAUGGACUCCGCUGGGGAUGCAGCCAAGUUUCCUGCAAGAAUAUCAAGACCUUGACCUGUUCUUAUUUGAGAACGGGUCAUACGCGUGAGGAUAUCGACCAGACUUUCGGUGCCCUGUCUUCUUACUUGAACCGUGUCCGUCGAUUGCAAACUCCUGAAGAUGUUGUCCAGACCAUCAAACAGUUCUGCGCGAAACGCAAAUUCCCUUUUGAAUCUGAGCAGCACGUGUUUGCCAUGGAGGCAGUCAGGGAGUGGACUCUUGGCCAAGAAUUGGUCACUCCGAUCAAUGUGUGUCAUUGA